CUCAAUCUAAACGUGGAGAUACCCCAAGUGUCCACUUACACCCCCCGGUACAAUCUCGGCCCAACCCACGCAGCACCGAUUAUCAUGAUCGUCAACGAAACAGCUACUCUCACAACUAUGAACUGGGGACUUAUCCCUCCGUGGUGCAGUCCCUCGGACAAACAGCAGCCCUGGAAAACCUUCAACGCUCGGCUAGAGUCGAUCAAUGAGGGUGCAAAGACCUGGAAACAGCCCCGAGAGCUGUGUCGGUGCAUGAUCCCAAUGAUGGGAUACUUUGAGUGGAUCGAAAGACGAACAGGGAGCGGUAGAAAGACCGAAAAGGUACCGUACUAUGUCAGUCGCAAGGACGGAAAGUUAAUGUUUGUAGCAGGGAUGUACGACGCCGGAAGGGAGGGUGAAAGCGGGUCAUUUACGAUGGUCACUGGCCCUGCGAUUGAGGAUCUAAAAUGGCUCCAUGCUAGAACGCCCCUCAUAAUGGACCCGGGAAGCACCAGGUUCCAGACUUGGCUUGAUCCCAAGAAGACAUGGAGUGCAGAGGUAUCCGCAGCGCUCAAGCCGUAUGAGGGUCAAGAGAUGUUUAGGUGGUGGAAGGUGACACUGGAGGUGGGGAGGUUGGGACCGGAUGGAGAGAAUAUGAUCAAGCGAGAGAAAGAACCGGGGACAAAUAUCUUCAACUUGAUGAAGUUUAAGGAGGAAGAGGCCGUCAAACAGGAGGUGAAGCAAGAACAGGAGAAGAUUCCA